CAACAAGGCUAUUGUGAAAGGAUGUGUGGCUGCACUGCUAGCACUCAGAACUCAAAACUAUAUUCCGUGAAUCAACCUGGUGCUGCUUCGACCCAAAAAACAACUUCAGCUGCUGCAAACAUGCCCAAGCGCACACCUAUAUCCAAGCAGCUGGCUUCUGUGAAAGCUCUGGGGAAAGGCUCAGACCUGGAGAAAGCAUUUGCUACCGCGGCCUUGGUUUACAACAACUCUGCUGACCCCGAGGGCAAACUCAGCAAAGCUGAAACCAAAACCCUGCUGCAAACCCAGUUUAUGAAUUUCAUACAGGGCCAAGAAAGCAAACCAAAAUACCAGGAAAUCAUUUCUGCCCUUGAUGAGGAUAAAGAUAACAAAAUUGAUUUUGAAGAUUUCAUGAUCUUGCUCCUCAGCCUCGCUCUGAUGUCAGACCUUCUGCAGGAGAUCAGAAAUCUCAGAACCACGAAAUGAGCCGUCCUCCCCGCAGAGACUGAAAGGAAGAGCUGGGUACAUAAGGGAAGGAGCAGCCAGAAGUGGGCAAACAGGAAUAAAUGGCAAAUAUUUGGAUGCACUAAUACCUAAAAUGAUUUUUUUCAGAUUUUUUUGUUUAAAAAAUGGCAAAUUUCCUUGAGAAUUUCCCCCAACAUCUUUUAAUUACUUAAAAAAAAAUUCACAGAAAACAUAAUUUUCCAACUAUCUCUACAACUUACACACGGUAGAACCUUCCACUCCUAAAAGCCUAGAAGGAAUUUCCAUUUGAUCAUUUAUGUAAUAAUAACAAUGACUAAAUCUUAGCACUUAUACAUAGCACCUUCCAUCAAAGGGCUUGGAAUUAAUGG